UCCGGUUAGACCUCGGUUGGACCAUUGAACCAUUGAACCUGUCACCUGACCGGUUCAAUGACCGGUCCGGUUCUCGCAACCUUGCUAAACCCUAUCACUCCCACUGAAUCCUCCUCCUUUGCCCUCCGGCCUCCAGCCUCCCGCCGUCGCGCCCUCUGCCGCCUAACCACCACCCUCGCUCCUCGUGUGCUCCGCUACUGGCGCAUCAUGCGUCCACUGCCUCCUUCACCUCGCGUCUUCUCUGCCAUCCUCGCUUCGCGUCUUCUUCGCCGUCGUCUCUUCACGUCUUCGAUGACUUCGCAUUCUCGCUGUCACCGUGUUAUGAAGCUUCUCUGCCGAUCUUUGUGAGCCUGGGUUUCCUUUCUCUCUGUUUUCUUCUUCCGGGGUUUUGUAUCUUCUCGUUGGGACACUAGAAUGAUCGUCAUGGGGAUUCAUUGAUUGUUCGUUCAGUUUAAUUAUUGGAUCUUCACUUCAUCCUAUCUGAUUCAAUUAUUCUCCUACUCAACAAACCUCAAUCAUUCUCCUACUUAAUUGUGAUGCUGAAGCUUCCCUUGUCGAUUGCUACUGUGCGGAGAAGUAGGUGGAGAAUUAAUAUUGAGGCCAUUAACGUAUUGGAGAGAGCUUGUGCAUUAGAAUAAAGACGAAUUAGUAUUAUUAUAUUCUGAAUGCAGAAACUUGAAAAUGGGAGCAAGAAAUAGAUGCUUCAACACAUACCGGGGCCGUCUGUUAAGUAUUAUUUAACCUCCCACUUAGUUAUUCACCAAGCUCAGUAAAAAUGCAAUCUUUUGGUGGAAAUUGCUUGAGAUAUCAUAACUACUUCAGUAAGAACAACUCGAUCCAAAAUUUAUUCUCUUUCCCAAGCUCAUUUCUUCAGAAGUUCCCUGAGCUCAUGUUCAAGGGCCUCAUCUGUCAGAGACCACAAAAGAUGUGUCUUUUUCAUGAUACCCAGAAAUUUGAACCCCUUUUGUUUCAAAUCACUGCUGGCCGCGAUAAAUUUCCUAUAAUAUUUGCACCUAUUUGCGUCAGUUAUCAUUGCUAUUCAACCAGGGCUCCCUCAAGGUCUUAUAGAAAAAGGGUUCGCAAGAGGUUGUUGAAAUCCCUAAAGCCUACUUUAGAUCAAACAAAAUUUCACUUGGCACUGUCCCAAAUUCCACCAAGGUUCACCCCUGAAGAACUGUGCAAUGUGAUGACUCUUCAAAGUGACCCUUUGGUUUGUUUAGAGCUGUUUCAUUGGGCAUCUCAGCAGCCAAGGUUCCGGCACGAUGUUUCCACUUUUCAUGUCACCAUAAAGAAGCUUGGUGCUGCAAAGAUGUAUCAAGAAAUGGAUGAUAUUGUGAACCAACUGCUUGCAGUUCCUUUGAUCGGUUCAGAGGCACUGUACAACACCGUUAUAUAUUAUUUCACUGAGGCCAGGAAGCUGAGUAGAGCUGUGAAUAUAUUUAAGCAAAUGAAGAACAGUAGGAAUUCAAAUUGUAGGCCUUCAAUUAGGACUUAUAAUAUUCUAUUUGCUGCACUUUUAGGUAGGGGUAGCAACACCUAUAUAAAUUAUGUGUAUAUGGAGACGAUUAGAAGUUUGUUCAAGCAAAUGGUGAAUGACGGUGUAGAGCCAGACAUAUUUUCGUUAAAUGCUAUGCUAAAAGGUUAUGUCCUUUCUCUCCAUGUUAACGAUGCGCUGAGGAUAUUCCAUCAGAUGGGUGUGGUUUACAAUUGCCAGCCAAACUCCUUUACUUAUGAUUACUUGAUUCAUGGGUUGUGUGCUCAAGGCCGGACGAAAAAUGCAGAAGAAUUAUGUCAUGAGAUGAAGAUCAAGGGUUUCAUCCCAAGUAGCAAAUCUUACAAUUCACUUGUCAAUGCUUUGGCGCUUGGUGGAGAAAUUGAGAAGGCAGUAAGUUAUCUAUGGGAGAUGACCGAAAAACAGAGGUCUGCAGAUUUUAUUACUUAUAGGACCGUGCUCGAUGAGAUUUGCAGACGAGGAAGUGUUAAGGAGGCAAUGAGCUUAUUGCGCAAGUUUCAGGAUAAGGACCUUCUUGAUGGGCAUGCUUACAGGAAGCUUCUUUAUGUGCUUGAAGAUGACUAUGGGAAUUCUGUCAACAGAAUUGAUUGAGGUACAACAAUAGUAAAUUCUUUUAUCAUUUAAUUGUUUGGGAAUUUCUCUGGUGAAGAGUGAAGUUGGUUGAAGAAUGAAGAUUGUAACUAUAUUUUUUAGAAUAUGCAUUGCACAUGUUUUUAUUUUUUAGUAUUUCUCUAUAUUGUAAAAAGAACAAUCUUCCUUCUUCAUUGAAGAACACUCUUCACUGUAGCUAUGUCCUAAUUGUUGACAUAUCCUGUCAACCAUUAGUUGUAUGUAUUUGUAAUUUCACAUGAGAUGUUCCAGAUUUCAUAUUCUCUUUUAUGUGUAGCAGGUGAACGCCUAAAAGUUUGUUUAUAGUUUUAUGUAUCCAAGUUUUGAAACCCCAAAAAACAAUCAAACCUAUGUAGAAUAAUGCAAAUAAAUUACUAACCAUAC